CUACUGGCGAGACACAUGAAGCAGAAAAGUAAACCAGCGACUGCCUCAAAUGUUAAUGUCUCAAAGAGAAGUUGUGGUGUCUCUUUUCAAGCAUAGAUGGCGCAAACGUCUGCUACAACACGAAGGUUUGUCCGAGAAUGCAACCAGCAUUUUGUGAGCAGUACCUUCGCCACAGCUGCGUGCUCAGAACGCUGGAUCUACAUGGCUAUCUCCAUCUCCAUGAGGUAGAGCUGUCGCGGUGUCGCACGCUACACUUACCCUCGGAAGCUACCGCGUCGAGAGUUCAAGAAACGGUUCGGAGUUGACUUGAGCGUGACUGCACCGUAGUAAUGAUGAGCCAGACAUCCCUGCUGGUAGCCAUCAUGCUGGUCGCCUCUGCUGCCGGCAUUGAGACCGGAAACAAGACAGUAAUUCGGUGCUUCUGGGGAAAGUGCAGCGUCAUCUACGGCCCGUGGAAGAAGUGCAUGCCGAAUCAGCAGUGCGACGGGAGCGACCUUCGCUGCGAACGACAAUGCAUUCUGGAGCACACCGGUUGCCCGCCGAAGCACACACAGGGCUCGUGCCACAAGGAUCUGUUCGUGUGGAAGUGCUCGCUGCACUAUACUUGCCCUCAAGGAAGGGGCUCGGCCCGCUGCCUCAAGACUUGCCUAACACGCGAUGCCCGCCGUCGCUACGGGCCCCAUAAGAACUUCCUCAGCUACCUCCCCUUUGUCGGCGAGCUCUUCCAAUAAAAAAUCACGCAGA